GUGGGAGACCUGGCAACAUUAACAAGGAGGGGAGAGAGAGGACGACGGAGGGGGGAUGGGCGAGGUGGCGACCGUACACCUCGACACCAACCUAACCUCGUCUUCUUCCGUCCGAUUCCUCGGCCUCUUGGAGCAGCCCGAUGCCGACCCCUACCCUAACCUCGAGUUCGAUGAGAGCGACGUCGUCUGGUCCUCCUCCUUCUCCUCCGCCUCCGACCUCUCCUCCCCCGCUGCCGCCGGCUCCCCUUCCUACUCGCCGUCCGAAAGCUACCGCCACCGACGGAGCGAGACCCGGCCCUUCGUGCCGGAAAGGUCCGGCCUUUCGGCGGCGCUAGCGGAGGACAGGCUGCCCCUGGUGCGGCAAAGGCGGCCGGUGGCGGCGGCGGCUGCGGCGGCUCGUGGGGCCGUGCCGGUUCCGGUGUCGGCUGGGAGGGCAGGGGCAGAGGAGGCCGGGGGAGGGAUGGGGAUGGGGAAGGGGUUCCACCGGUCGGCACCGGUGAACGUGCCGGCGUGGCCGACUUGGAGAAGGGGAAGGAAGGUGGAGGCGGAGAACGGAGAAGAGGAAAGAUUGGAGGAGGAGGAGGAGGAGGAGAUGGUGCCGCCGCACGUGAUCGUGGCGAGGUCGCACGUGAUGACGUUCUCGGUGUUCGAGGGCGUAGGGCGGACCCUCAAAGGGAGGGAUCUCCGGCGGGUGCGGAACGCUGUCUUACAGAAGACGGGCUUCCUCUGAGGACCCAUAUGUUCUCUCUCCUCCCCUCUCCCUCCUGUACUCACACUCUCUCUCUCUUCUUUUUUUUUUUUCUUUUUUUUUUUUUGCCUUCUUUCCUUCUGAUCGGUGUGGGCUUUGUUAUUAUUGUAUUCUCAAAUGUCUUGUUCUUUUGGUAGAUCGGAAUGAAGCAAGAUUUCUACUUUGCUAUGUAAUCAUGGUUUAGUUUUAUUAUCAAUUGGAUGUUGUAUGUAAUCAUGGUUUAGUUUUAUUAUCAAUUGGAUGUUGUAUGUAAUCAUGGUUUAGUUU